GCCGGAGCUCCGAUCCGAGGGCGGCGAACGGCGCGGGAGGAGAAGAGGGCGCAGGCGCGGCGCGGCCGCCGUAGAUGUCGGGCGCGGCUCCGGCUCCGGCUCCGGCGCAGGGGGAGCGAGACGAGCUGGCGGAUUCGCUUGCCGAGCUCUUCGCCAACGUCUCCCUCAUGGUCCGCGGCGAGCUGCAGGGGGCUAACAACCAGCUCUCGCUACUUGAAAAAAUGAAUCAGCGUGUAGCAGAGGAAUACAAUAACUAUGGAGAUGUUGCAUCCGGCCUUCGUGUUUUUGUAGAACAACUGAAUGAGAAAAACCAAAGCUUUGAUGAGUAUGUAUCGCAGAUUGAUGCGAUAGACCAACAGGUGACUGAGUUUGAGGCAGUGGUGUCCAUGCUUGAUAAGCAUGUAUCCCUGUUGGAAAAGAAAGUCAAGUCCGCUUAUAACAUUGCUCCUGCCCAAUGAACAAUGGUCCCUCACUCCCUCUCUGUAUGUUCCUUUUCACUUUGCCAUAUGGUCUUAUCUAAAUGAGGUUAGCAACCAAAUUUGUGGAUGAGAAUUUGAUACCCGUUUAUCUCUGAUGUUUCCAACACCUGUAUAGUAGCCUAGUGCAAUUGGACAGCCAAGUUGUGGUGUAACUUUCUGUCAUUGUUGCUGCAGAAUCGACAGAUGACAAAUUGGCACAGUGUUAAGAGUUUGUUCUCAUUGCCCUACUUGUGAUCAUGUUCAGUGUUAGGAAAAUGGUGUGUAUGCAUCAAGAUUUGUAGUAACUCUGAAGCAGUGGCUGAUGAACUGGGCAUUCUCUGUGCACAUUCCAACCCAGAUUCCUGCACAUUUUCAAUUCAUGGAAUCAAUAGCAUGGACACUGGCACUCUUUGACAUGUGGAGGCAGUGUGAGUUCAGAAUUUGCUGUGGCCACACUGUCAUUAUCAUCCAGCACAGAGUAAUUUGACCAGCAUUUCGUUCUCCGGGAAACACGUCGGUUUGACCUCGUGCCUUCUGCCCAAUUGCCUUCACUGGAUAAAUUAAAUUACAAGUUGCACAAAUUUCUUGAGAAAAACAGGUUAGGUAGGACCUGUUCUUCUAAAAGGGACACUUCCCCAUUAGAGAAGUUACUAAAUUAAAUUAGCAAAGUGAGUGAUUGAUUGUUUGAUUUAACUCCACAUUGGAUAUAAUGGAACAUUGAUUGGGACUGGGGCUAUCUUUUAUACCAACACUGACAGUGGGCCCAUAUAUUGCUGUGGCCCACCUGUCAGUGAGAGUGGACCCGGAUUAUUGUGGGCAUUAAAUUAAGCAUGGAGAAAAGCAUCUCUUUGUCGAUAAUGGCGAGGCCUUGCGUUCCCAUGAUCCACCUUAUCCAGCACAUCAUCUGCCGCUGCAAGGUUGUUGCAGGAUAGGCCCCUCAGCUUUUUUUCAGAAUUGCAUCAUGAUGGUGUCGGCCUUCUGCUGCUGCUGUUUGUUCUUAAUUUGGAUCAUGGACAUGUGGAUCCAUUAUCUGGAAUUGAUCUUGUAUUUCGUUUGACAUAAAAUAUAUUAUAUUUAGGUGUUUGUUUGUUAAUGUGCAAUAUUUGCAGAUGAUAAAUGCCAUGAUCCAAUACAUUAUACUCCAUGGUACAAGGGCUAAUUAUUUUCAUUUU